UUGCCGCCACCCGACGGAGCCCAGAGCCCAGAGGCAGCAGGCAGGUGUGGUUAGCAACAGUUGUCCCUUCACUUCGAUUCUCUCUUCUUCCCCCAGUAAAAAUGGCGAAAGAUCAAACUCGAAGAAAUGGAUCUUUACCAGAAAGAGAUGACAGAGAAAAGGAUGAAGAAGGAUACGUGAAAAGAGAAGAUGGUGAAGAAGAGGCACCAACGCACCAUCGUAGAGGGAUCAUGAGAGCAAGUCCAAAAGGAAAAAGGAAGAAGAGACUGACAACAACGAUGACGAAGAUGGAGACUCCAGGGGGCACGAAGGAGACAACAAGAGGAAUAGUAGAAGGAAGGAAAAGAAGAAGAAAAGGUAGAAGGUCUCGGAGGCAUCACAGCGACGACGAUUCGUCUGCUUCGUCCUAUUCUUCUUAUUCGCCGCAUUCUGAAGAUUCGUAUUCUGAUGAUUCUGAAUAGGAGAGUUCUGAUUACUCUUCGGAAGAAAGUGAGAGUGAAGACGAGCGGAGGCGGAGGAAGAGAAAGGAGAGACGUCGAAGACGGAGAGAAAGAGAGAAGAAGGAUUGGAAGAGGAGGAAGAGGGGCAAUGACGAGAAGAAAACAAAGGAUAAGCAUAAGAAGAAAAAGUCGGAUAAAGCAAAGGAGGAUGGGAAGAAGGGAGCUGCCACGAAUUCAUGGGGGGAAGUGCGGCAUUAUCAGGGAAACUGACAUGAGGCGACCAGAAUUCACUGCAUGGUUAGCAGAAGUCAAACAGGGUGUCCCUGUCUCACACACUUCAUGGAAGCCACAAGUGAACCAGGAAACUCUAUCUAACUGGGAAGAGAAGCAAAUGUUCAAAGAGUUCAUGGGGGAUCAUAAUACAGCUAUCUUUCCUUCAAAAAAAUAUUAUGAUUUAGAUGCUUACCACAGGUGCAAGAUGGAAAAAGAAAAGAAUAAAGGUUCAAAGAAGGUCCUGGAAAACAGAGCAUAAAGUGCUGCAGUCUUGCACGGGCUUGGUGUGAGGCACGAAUGUGGGCUGGGCUUAUUGGCUUGCCGGUAUAUGUAUCAGUUUACUUAGGCAAGAAUUGAUGCUAGAGCGUGAGAAACAGAAGGAAGAACAAAUGGAAGCUUUAAAGCAUGCUAUGGAGAGCGGAAUGGCCCAAGCUGUGAAAGAGCAAGCUCAGCUUAGGGAAGAAAUGGCUUGUCAGUACAAGCUUGGCAAUUUUGACUCUUGAGGC